AUGGACGGCUUUGACCCUCUCGCCAUGCCUUACUUACAUAGUCCCGUGCCGUUCAACGGCGGCAAUCUGCAAAAUCUGGACUACAUGAGUGUACCGUCGGUGAUGGACUUGCAAGAUCAAUACUCCAAUUUUGACUCGGAGCCGUAUAUGAGCGGCGAUGAACUUGGGCUUGCGCCUUCGACAGCCCUCCAACAUCCUGCCAUGUUGAAACGCUAUUCUUCUAGCUUCGAAGAUCCUUUUGCCGAGAGUACGAUGGCUCAAUUCGAUCAGGUGCCCGCUGAAGGCGUGCCCGAGAGUCCUUCCAUCGAUCGGGACAGUAAAUACCUCAGUUUUUCCAUGCCACAAUACAAUUUCACUCUUCUCGAUGAUUCAUUCCGUCGAUCAUCUGUCAACAUCAAUGCUCAAUUGCAUGGCAUGUUCUUUCUGGCCGAGUCGCAAUGGCCCACUACCGCAGAUACACCUCCACCGCCACCGGAACUGACCUGCUACAGACGCAAUCUUUUCCAAAUCACAGGCUCUGUGACUCUUCCCAGAAACUUGAGAUACGUUUUUACCGAUGACGGCUCGAGAAUUCCCAUCUAUGAACUGGAAUUGGCAGUAUCGGCCACCGAGUCAGUGGAAGGAAAUUCGGUCAAGAUCAUUUCCGUGCCUUGGAAGACACCAGCUAGUGGAGAACCAGCCAAACCGGAAGAUAAAGUUGAACGGGAGCCUCCUACCAUUCCUCUGGAUAAGAUGUCAGGGCAAGAUCUGGAUACAGAUUUCACCACCUUUCCAAUCCAAUGGAAGAGACUACAAUUUCGGAUAGCCACCGCCAAUAACGGUCGCCGAAAGGAAUUGCAACAGCAUUUCACCCUUCACCUAAAGAUCAUGGCGUCCUUGUCGACAGGCGGAAAGAUCUCCAUUGCGGAGGCUCAUUCAGGAGCGGUGAUUGUUCGAGGGAGAAGUCCUCGAAAUUUUGCUGCCCGCAAAGACUUGCCAUUAAGCAGCAGCUCGACAGCUCGCAAACAUCUGUCAUCCGCAUCUCGAGCUGCAACCAGUCAGACUUCGGUUCCCCAAGUGACUUCAGCACCCAAAAUCAAGUCCCCCCCGGAGGAGAUGCCGCAGAUGAUGAUGCAGUACGACAAUGGAGAUCUCAAGCCAGCAGAUGCAGAGUCCAACAAUUGGAUGUCGCAGGUGGUUCCUGAUCCAUUACAAACACCCUCCUUUUCUACUCCAAUGAACCCACCUCCCAUGGCUUCCUUCUCCCAAGAUCCGACCCCUGAACUGGGCACACCAGGGACGUUCCCCUUCACGUUUCCGCAAGAAAUGCCCACCGGAAGUGGGCCAUUGAGCUUGCAUUUUGGAAGUGACGAUGAAGGCAGUCCCUAUCCUCAGCAACAAGGAUCGAGACACUCAUCUCGACCACCGACGUCGAAUCCGUCGCCAUCUCUCGUCAAUAAAGGUCCCACCGGGUCCUACCCGAGCCACCCUUCGCCUGGGCAGAUUCCCAAUCAAGCCGGCCCGCGAUCAAGACCGCACUCUCAUCAGCCAUCGGUGACGAGCGUCCCGAGCUCUGUGCCGACAAUGUCUCAAAGGCCAGAACUGCUGCCGACCAAAUCAGGAUUGCCUUCCCGCGGGGACGGAGAAAAUACAGAUCAACUUUACGAGUACUUCCCGCUGGGUUUGGACGACUGGAUGCCGCCAGUGGAUGCCGUGUUCCGCCCGCAUGUUGUACAUCACAGUGGGCCGUUGCCUCCUGACCCACGAUCACCAGGAAGACAUACCAGCAAAAGGUAUUUCAGUGAGGUAGUUUAA